UGCAAGACAGAGGAAGAUAUUUAAAGGCGCCGGCGCCUAGCGCAGAUCCCUGCUUAGUGCCGCCCUUCCUGUGCAAGUCCCUACCCCCAGGGCCGGCUUCCUUCGCCCGUGUCCAUCACACGCCGCCAGCAUGUCGGACAAACUGCCGUACAAAGUCGCCGACAUCAGCCUGGCCUCCUGGGGACGCAAGGCCCUGGACAUUGCGGAGAAUGAGAUGCCAGGCCUGAUGCGGAUGAGGGAGAUGUACUCGGCCUCCAAGCCACUGAAGGGCGCCCGCAUCGCUGGCUGCCUGCACAUGACCGUGGAGACGGCUGUCCUCAUUGAGACCCUCGUAGCCCUGGGUGCUGAGGUGCAGUGGUCCAGCUGCAACAUCUUCUCUACCCAGGACCAUGCAGCUGCUGCCAUUGCCAAGGCUGGCAUUCCGGUGUACGCCUGGAAGGGUGAAACAGACGAGGAGUACCUGUGGUGCAUUGAGCAGACGCUGUACUUCAAGGACGGGCCCCUCAACAUGAUUCUGGAUGACGGAGGUGACCUCACCAACCUCAUUCACACCAAGUACCCACAGCUCUUGUCAGGCAUCCGAGGCAUUUCUGAAGAGACCACAACGGGGGUCCACAACCUGUACAAGAUGAUGGCCAGUGGGAAGCUGAAGGUGCCUGCCAUCAACGUCAAUGACUCUGUCACCAAGAGCAAGUUUGACAACCUGUAUGGCUGCCGGGAGUCUCUUAUAGAUGGCAUCAAGCGGGCUACAGAUGUGAUGAUUGCAGGCAAGGUGGCAGUGGUAGCAGGCUAUGGCGAUGUGGGCAAAGGUUGUGCCCAGGCCCUGAGGGGUUUUGGGGCCCGCGUCAUCAUCACGGAGAUCGACCCCAUCAAUGCACUGCAGGCUGCCAUGGAGGGCUAUGAGGUGACCACUAUGGAUGAGGCCUGUCAGGAGGGCAACAUAUUUGUCACGACCACAGGCUGUACUGACAUCAUCCUUGGCCGGCACUUUGAGCAGAUGAAAGAUGAUGCCAUCGUGUGUAACAUUGGGCACUUUGACGUGGAGAUUGAUGUCAAGUGGCUGAACGAAAACGCUGUGGAGAAGGUGAACAUCAAGCCCCAGGUGGACCGCUACUGGCUGAAAAAUGGGCGCCGUAUCAUCCUGUUGGCUGAGGGCCGACUCGUCAACCUGGGCUGUGCGAUGGGCCAUCCCAGCUUUGUGAUGAGCAACUCAUUCACCAACCAAGUGCUGGCACAGAUAGAGUUGUGGACCCACCCAGACAAGUACUCUGUUGGGGUCCACUUCCUGCCCAAGAAGCUGGAUGAAGCAGUGGCUGAAGCCCACCUGGGUAAGCUGAAUGUGAAGCUGACCAAGCUGACUGAGAAGCAGGCCCAGUACCUGGGCUUGUCCCGUGAUGGCCCCUUCAAGCCUGAUCAUUACCGCUACUGAGAACCAGGCCUAUUGUUUGCCUUAUAACUGCUGGCCUUGCUGGGGUCCCACCUCUCUUCCCCAAGAGCAAAUGGCACCAACUUUGAGAUGAUAAGUUUGUUAAUGUCCCCCAUUGACUCCCCAGAGCUAGUCAGUCAGUCUUUGGCCUCUGCUGCAUCCCUCAUACUGUUCUAAGUGUGGCAGAAGGAAUUGAGAAGCCCCUUCUCAAGCCCUGGUUAUGAUAGAAGUACACAGCAGAUACACACAGGGAACCAUGAGUUCAGAGGUUUUAGAACUGCUCGCCCAGUCAGUUGGAAGUCAGCUUUGGUGGUCAUAAAGUGCAUGCACUUUACCAUCUAGGCCCCCACCUGGUCUAUGGACUUUGUACACAUGUGCUUAGUUUACUGGUUCACUGGUUCCUCAGCCCAUGACAGAUGAGAAUGAGCUAUAUCAAAGAGCAGGGAGGAACUUUGAGAGUUUGAUGCCCCUGAGAGCCUGCCUUAGUGCCGGGCAUUCUCUUGUUUAAGAGGUUUCACAGAGCAAUGAGGUUAGUACAUUAAGUUUCUAUUUCACAGAGGUUAGAAUAUACCGUUAAGGGACAGUCAAAAAAGGAUAAGAGAAGUGACAGCCAGAGGUUGAGGGGGCCAGAGAAUCAUAAAAGCAGGCAUAGAUAUGCCACCUCUUUGUAACAUGAUGGUUCCUAUCACAGCCCUGGAUCAAAAAGGUUAAUUUGGUUUUUAAUGUUUAUAAUGUUAAAAGAGAGCAGGAAGGUGGGUAAAUAAAAAUUUUUGUGCCUAAAAGAAUUCUGAGCCUUUAUUAUAUAGAUAAUCCACAGCCAACAAUAUAUGGCAUGAGUAAGAAGUAAUAGUUGUGUGCUGAUGAAGAUGAGGGGUUGUCUGCAGGUUGGGGUGAUAAAAGCUGCAGGCAAACCUUUGGACUUGGAAGAAUGGGUAAA